AUGAAAGAUUAUAUUUCUUUUGCAAUCUCUAAACCGUUACCAGCGAAGAAAACCUUUAGGUUUCAAAAAAUAUUUAAUCAAAACACCUCACAAGAAGAAGUAUUUGACAUAGUAGCUAGUCCUGUGAUUCAAAACGUAUUAUCUGGUUACAAUGGAACCAUAUUUACGUAUGGUCAAACAGGAAGUGGAAAAACUUACACCAUGACCGGGGAUAUUGAAAAAUGGGUAAAUCCCGGUAUAAUUCCACGAGCUAUUCAGCAAAUAUUUCAAUUAAAAAAGGACGAUGCUACUGUAUCUAUUUCAUAUUGUGAAAUAUAUAAUGAACACGUUUACGAUUUGAUAAGAUAUGAUAAUGUUAAUUCUAAUUAUAGUCACGUUAACGUAAUAGAAGAUGGAUCUGGAUUGACUAGGUUUCGUAAUUUAAGCGUCCAUGCUGUGAAAUCCCCCUACGAAGCUAUUCAAUUGCUUAUAAGAGGAGACGCAAAUAAAAUGAUGGCGGAAACAUCAAGUAACCCAAAAUCCUCAAGAUCCCACGUUGUAUUUUCUAUUACCUUAGAAGUUUCGAGUUCUAAAGAAAAUAAAUUACUUUUAAGACCCGUAUUAUAUUUAGUAGAUUUAGCAGGAUCUGAAAAAAUGGGCAAAUGUAAAAGUCCAAAUGCUAAUCCAUGGGAGACGCGAUAUAUAAAUUUAUCGUUGCAUUAUUUAGAACAAGUUUUAUUAGCCCUUGGUCAACCAGGUCGAGUCCACAUUCCCUACAGGAAUUCCGUAAUGACUGCUCUUUUGCGAAACUCAUUAGGUGGAAAUUGCAUAACAUCAAUGAUAGCAACAUUUAGUUUAUCAGUCAAUGAUAUGGAGGAAUCUUUGCAAACAUGCAGAUUCUCUGAAAGAAUAGCUUUGAUCAAAAAUGCUGUUAAACCUGUAGAAGUGUCUAAUCCUAUAAAAGAAAUAGAAGAAUUAAGAAAAGAAAAUAGAAAACUUAAAUCACAAAUUAAAUUAUUAGGGGGACAAGUGAGUACCAGUGACCUGUGUAGAGAAGAUAAAGAAAAAUGUAAUAGACUUGUUAAUAGUUUUAUUAAAAAAGGAACAGUGGAAUGUUUACCAUUUUCAAAUGCCAAAAGAUUAGAAUAUUGUUUAAAUUUGAUGAGAAAUGAAAUAAUAAAACCAAAAAAUGAAAAUGAAAAACAGGAAAAAAUUAAAAAAUCCGAAAGUUUUAUAGCAUCGACAUUACAUGUUCGGAUUCGAGCAAGUCAGAAGAUAAAAGAAGAAAAAGUUUUAAAUUUGAAACAAGAUCAGAAUAAUACAUAA